UCCCUCAUCCAUCUGCCCUACUCCUCCUUCCCUCUCAGCCCCAUGCCUUCCUUCCGUCUCUGCCCCUCUCCUCCCUUCCAUGCCCCGUGCCGCCCUUCCCUCCAUCUCAUUUCCCCAUUUCCCGUCCGCCCAUCUCCUCCAAUCCCUCUCAGGCAAUAUCCUCCCGACCCGUCGCAGCCCCUCCCCUCCUCCCUCCCCUCUCUGCCCUCUCGUAUCUGUAUCAACCCCUUUCCUCCUUUCCCUCUCAGUUACCCUCAAACCCUUUUCCUCUCAGCCCAUCUCCUGUUUUCGUCCUCUCGUCCCCCCCCUUGUCCUUCCUCUCGCCUCCAUCUUCCCAUGA